AAGGUUUGUGAAUAUGGAGCGUUUGAAAAUGCAGCUUUCGGACACCUUCAAAGCCAUGAAGCAAGAGGGUUUGGUGGAUGACCACUUUACUUUUGUCUACUCGUUGAAAAAGAAUGUCGAAGAUCAUUUCUACGUAGAAAUGAUACCAGAGUUUUGCACUGAAGUCCGAGAUGCCAUAAAACAUUUAACACAAAUAAUCGAUGAUCAGACUUUGAACUACAGUCUUAUGAAAAAUUACGUUUAUAAAAUUAAAGGCAGUUCUUCAAGUUUUGGGGCAUGCAGAUUGGCAGUAGCAUGUGCUGACUUUGAACGUGCUAUUGAUGCGGCCUCUAAAGAAGGGUGUCUGCAGGCACUGAAACGAAUUAAGCGUGAAAUGUCUGCUCUUGAAGAAAGGCUCCAUGAUUGUCUUCAGAUUGAAAGAAGAAUAGUUAUCUUGGCUGCUGAGAAAAAAUGAGUGUCAACUUACUGCAUUCUAUUGUUUAUCAAACAUUUUUUAAAUCAAUCUGAAUAGAUUGAUUUUGGUUUUCUCUUUGU